UCCACCCCACGCCGCACUAAUCACAAGCUCGCUCACAGCUCCCAACGAUCGAGAGAGAGAUCGAGGAGCAGCUAGGAGUGAGCUCGCGCGCAGCGCAGCAUGGGGGUGGGCGGCGGCGGGCGGCUGCGGGCCAGCAGCUUGAAGAAGCAGCGGCAGCGGACCAUGAACAACAUCAAGAUCACGCUCCUCUGCGGCUUCAUCACCGUGCUCGUCCUCCGCGGCACCGCCGGAUUCAACCUCCUCGUCAGCAUCGCCGAGCCCGACGGCGCCGCGGCCGACGCCAAGGUCGUCGAGGACGUGGAGCGCAUCCUCGCCGAGAUCCGCUCCGACUCGGAGGCCGACGACGUCGUCGUCCUGGUCGGCGGGGGCGGGUCGUCGUCCCCCAACGCGACGGCCAACUUCUCGUCGUCGGCGACGCUGAUCCAGGUGAAGGAGUACAGCCUGGGCCCCAAGGUGAGCGACUGGGACGACCAGCGCCGCGAGUGGCUGUCCCGGAACCCGGAGUUCCCGUCCCGCGACGCGCGCGGCAACCCGCGGGUCCUGCUCGUCACCGGCUCGCCGCCGGGGCCCUGCGACAACCCCGCCGGCGACCACUACCUGCUCAAGGCCAUCAAGAACAAGAUCGACUACUGCCGCCUCCACGGCGUGGACAUCGUGCACAACAUGGCGCACCUGGACCCGGAGCUGACGGGGUACUGGUCCAAGAUCCCGCUGGUGCGGCGCCUGAUGCUGGCGCACCCGGAGGUGGAGUGGAUCUGGUGGGUGGACAGCGACGCCAUCUUCACGGACAUGGCCUUCGAGCUCCCGCUCUCGCGCUACGAGGGCCGCAACCUCGUCAUCCACGGCUACCCGGAGCUCCUGGAGAAGCGCUCCUGGAUCUCCCUCAACGCCGGCAUCUUCCUGCUCCGCAACUGCCAGUGGUCGCUGGACCUGCUCGACGCCUGGGUGCCCAUGGGCCCGAGGGGCCCCUCCCGCGUGGAGGCCGGGAAGCUGCUGACGGCGAGCCUGACGGGGCGGCCGCCGUUCGAUGCCGACGACCAGUCGGCGCUCAUCCACCUGCUGCUCCUCCAGAAGGAGCGGUGGAUGGACAAGGUGUACAUCGAGUCGGAGUUCUACCUCCAUGGCUUCUGGACGGGGCUGGUGGACAGGUACGAGCAGAUGAUGGAGGAGCACCACCCGGGGCUCGGCGACGACCGCUGGCCCUUCAUCACCCACUUCGUCGGCUGCAAGACCUGCGGCAGGUACGAGGACUACCCGCUGGACCGGUGCCUCCGCGGCAUGGAGCGCGCCUUCAACUUCGCCGACAACCAGGUGCUCAGGCUCUACGGCUUCCAGCACCGCUCGCUGGGGAGCGCCAAGGUCAGGAGGGUCACCGACCCGAGGGCCAACCCGCUCGACGCCAAGGAGGCGGCGCUCAAGAUGGACGCCAAGUUCGACCACGUCUAGUGUAGGCCUCGGCACAAGUACGAGUAGCUAGUUUUGAUCAUCACUUCUUCUUUAUUGAGUUUUGAUUGAUUGUUCUUCUUGAUUUCAAUUCUGCAAUAGCUAGCUAGCGCACUCCAGCAACUGGUUCUGCUAUUGCAUCUUUUUCUUAGUUGUAUUGUAUCCAGACCAAAUGAAGCAGGCAAGAAAUGUACUCCCUCCGUUCCAAAUUAUAAGUCAUUCCAAGAAUCUUGGAGAGUCAAAGUUUUUCAA